GAAUUGGGGGAGGAAGUGAUGUCAGGCGCAGACAGGAAGUGAGGUAACUUAGGAACAGGAAGUGAUGUAGGAGACUAAAGAGGAAGUUCUGGGAUAGAGCCGUUGUGAGGAAGUAAAGGGAAGAUGUUGGAACUGGCAGCAGAGGAGGGUGAAGAACAGAUUAAUAUAAAAGCUGAGGUUAAAGAAGAAGAAGAAGUAGGGACGUAUGUGGGGGGUGAUCAGCCGUCCACGGAGGAGAUUGGGAUGAUUAUGAAAAGUGAACAGGAGGACAUUUCUCCAUCUAUUAACACAAAUGGAGGUGAUGUCAGGAAUUCCUCGGAGAGACCUCUUCUAUUAUUAUUGUGCUAUAGUAAUUUCAUCACACAGGAUCCUCCAGGAGGAAAUCCAAAUACACAAAAUAUACAUCACAGACCUUCCUGUCCGGAGACAUCAAUGGAUCCCUCUGAUCAGGGGGAAUCUUCUCAUCAAUCACAUACUAUGAUUGUAAAUAUCCAUGUAAGAUCUCACACUGCAGAUAGAUCAACAGAUCCUUCUAAUCCAGAGGAAUCUUCCUCACCCCAGGAAGGAGAUCACCGAGGUGACCAUCUAUUCUCAUGUUCAGAGUGCGGGAAAUCUUUCACUCGGAAAGGAAAACUCAUUCAGCACCAGCGAGUUCACACGAGUGACCGUCCUUUCUCUUGUUCAGAGUGCGGGAAAUGUUUUAAACAUAAACAAAACUUUGUUUCACACCAGAAAAUUCACACAGGAGACCUUCCCUAUUCAUGUUCAGAGUGCGGGAAAUCUUUCAGUCAUGAACGAGACUUUGUUAAGCAUCAAAGAAUUCACACAGGGGAGCGUCCCUUUUCAUGCACAGAGUGCGGGAAAUCUUUCAUUUCUAAAGGAGAUCUUGUUAGACACCAGGUAAUUCACACCGGUGAGCAUCCAUAUUCGUGUUCAGAGUGCGGGAAAUCUUUCCAGAAGAAAUCUUAUCUUGCUAGACACCAGAAAAUUCACACAGGUGAGCGUCCCUAUUCAUGUUCAGAGUGUGGGAAAUCUUUCAUUUAUAAAAAAGACCUUGAUAUACACCAGAGAAUUCACACAGGUUUGCGUCCUUAUUCAUGUUCAGAGUGUGGGAAAUCAUUCACUCAGAAAGGAGGGCUUGUUGAACACCAGAGAAUUCACACAGGUGAGCAUCCUUAUUCAUGUUCAGAGUGCGGGAAAUCUUUCACUCUUAAAAGAGAGUUUGUUAAACAUCAGGGAAUUCACACAGGUGAGUGGCCUUAUGUAUGUCCAGAGUGCGAAAAAUCUUUCACUACAAAAGGAGGCCUUGUUGCCCACCUGAGAAUUCAUACGGGCGAGCGUCCUUAUUCUUGUUCUGAGUGCGGGAAAUCUUUUACGAAAAGAGGAGGCCUUGUUACACACCAGUUAACUCACACGGGUGAUCGUCCUUAUUUGUGUUCAGAGUGCGGGAAAUCUUUCAUUCAUAAGGGAGACCUUGUUAAACAUCAGAGGGUUCACAGGGGUGAGCGUCCUUAUUCAUGUUCAGAGUGUGGAAAAUCUUUCACUUAUAAAGGAGACCUUGUUAAACAUCGGAGAGUUCACACGGGCGAGCGUCCUUAUUCAUGUUCAGAGUGCGGGAAAACUUCCAUUUAUAAAGGAGACCUUGUCAAACAUCGGAGAGUUCACACGAGUUAGUGUCCUUAGUCAUAAACUGGGUGCGGGAAAUGUUUAAAGCGGAAAGAAAUGCUUGUUA